AUGGCGUCUCAAGCAGACUCAUUUAAAUUAUAUUUAAAAUUAGCCAAGGACAUUGGUAUUCCACAAGAACAUCAGUGGGAAUGGUGUGAAAAACAAAUUAAAGAAGAUGAGAGGAAACGUGAGGGUAAAGCAUUAGAUGUAUGUGCACAAAUACCAUCUCAUGAACAGCGUACUUAUGCAGAAAUAAAAGAAGCUUUACUAAGACAGUUUGGAGCUACGCAAAAUGCUUAUCGCAAGAAAUUUUUUUUCGAAAGACCAAGGCAGGAAGAUGAUCCACAGUUGUUUGUCUCUGAUAUGGUUUUUACCAAAAACUCAAAGGCACAUCACUCAACAAUGACUGUUAUCACUAAAUCACAAGGACUUCAGUUUUAUCCUGGAUUAGUCGGUUCUCAAAGAGUACAGGUGUUACGAGACACAGGUAGCACUUCAGUUGUUAUACGUGCAAAUUUUGUGAGAUCAAAUCAAUAUACAGGCAAUGAAAUUGAAGCCACUGCUUUCAACGGCACUGUAAGUAAAUUACCAGAAGCUUUGAUACAUAUUACGACUCCAUUUUUCAGUGGACAUGUAGAAGCUUUAGUAGCUCAAAAUCUAUCUGUUGAUCUCAUAGUUGGUAAUAUACAGGGAGUGCGUGACUGUACUACACAAGAUCUUAUUGAAUGGAACAAUACAAUAAAAAUGGGUCAAGAAUGCAAUGUAGUAGUCACAAGGUCAAUGCAAAAAGAAAAGGAAAGACUUGAAACUGAACAUAUUGAACACAAGAAUUCUGAUAAAGUUGUUCAAGAAAAUAAAAAUAAUAAGAAGGCAAACCAUUCGCAUCUACAGACAAAUGAACUUGAACAAUUUCAUAGCGAGGAAUUUAAAGUUGAACAGAAAAAUGAUGAAACAUUAUUUAAAAUGUUUAAAAAGGCUCAAUCGAACAUCAAUCCACAAGAAAAUAAUGAUCCUUAUUUUAAAGAAGGACUACUUAUGAAGAACAGUCAAUACAAAAAUAAAACUGUUGAGCAAAUUAUAGUUCCAAAAGUAUACAGAAAGACCAUUAUUAAUACAAGCCACGAUGUACCGUUUGCUGGACAUAUGGGAGUUACCAAGACCAAGAAAAGAAUAAUUCAAGAUUUUUACUGGCCAGGUAUUACUAAAGAUGUAAAGAAGCACAUUAGUACCUGUCAUAUUUGUCAAAUGAAAAGUCCAAAAGGUAACAAAAUACAAGCGCCAUUGCAGACAAUGGAAUUGACUGAGAAACCAUUUCAAAAAGUAGCAGUUGACUUAAUUGGUCCAAUGCCAAUUGAAUCCAGCAGAAAUCACAAAUAUAUUUUAACUUUAGUAGACACAUGUACUAGAUGGCCAGAAGCUAUUCCGUUAGUCAAUAUUUCAGCAAUUGAUGUUACCAGAGCUUUAUCUGAAAUUUUUUCAAGGACAGGGUUACCUGAAGUUAUACUUUCUGACCGAGGUAGUCAGUUUACAGCAGAUAUAACUAAGACAUUUAUGGAGAUGUACAACAUCAAGAUGAAGUUUACGACACCAUACCAUCCUCAAAUCAACGGGCUUUGUGAACGGUUUAACAAAACAUUGAAACAAAUUAUAUCAAAAAUAGCAAAUGAUAAUCCGCAGAAUUGGGAUCUUCUUUUACCAGCUGCAUUAUUUGCUAAUAGAGAAAGUAUCCAAGACACCACAGGAUUUUCUCCUUUUGAAAUGUUAUAUGGAGCUAAUCCAAGAGGUCCUAUAACUACCUUCAAAGAAUCACUACUAAAGUCAAACCAUGAUGCAUCAGAUAAGAAAACCGCAUUUCAGCAUGUUCUCAAUACAAGAAAUACAGUAAUAAAUGCAUGUGAAAUAGCUAAGGAAGCAACAGCCAAAGCUAAUGCUGCAAAUCAUAGAAGAAUAAAUGAACAUAGAAAACUUAGGUACUUUGAACCAGGCGACAAAGUUAAAUUAUUAUUACCUGAUAAGAAAAAUAAGUUCUUUAUUAAAUGGCAGGGUCCAUUUACUAUUUUAAGAAAAGUCACAGAUGUAGAUUAUGAAAUAAAUAUCAAUAACAGAAACAAAGUGUUUCAUAUCAACAUGCUACAGAAAUACAACGAAGCUACUGAUACAGAAGAAGAAGACGAUGAACUUGAAAAACAUAUUUCAUGCUUAGCGAUUAUUCCAGAAGAAAAAGAGGAGGAUAUGGAUGAAUUAGUAGUGCCAACUACAACUUCUAGACAGACUGAAACCUGGCAUGCUGUCAAACUGGACAAUUUAUCAUCACAGAGAAAAAAAGAUAUAAUGAAUCUACUCCAAGAGUAUGCUGAUAUAUUUACAGAUGUUCCAGGUAAAACAACCAUUAUAAAUCAUGAAAUCAAAUUGACAAGUGACAAACCUACCAAGUCACGUCCAUAUCCACUACCUAUUCAUUAUAGAGAUUUCCUUCAGAAAGAAAUCAAUGAUCUUUUAGAACAAGGCAUAAUUGAACACUCGAAUUCACCUUAUGCUGCUCCAAUAGUGCUUGUAAAACGUUCACAGUCAUCAUCGCCAAGAAUGUGUGUAGACUUUCGACAGUUAAAUAAAAUAACAUGCCUUGAUUCAUAUCCAAUGCCUAAUCCAGAGGAUUUAAUGUCACAGUUUUCUGGAGCUAAGUAUUUUACGAAACUCGAUUUGACAAGAGGAUAUUAUCAAAUACCUAUGACACAGGAUUCAAAACAAUACACUGCUUUUACUACAGCCUUUGGCCUUUUUCAAUAUAAUUACAUGCCAUUCGGUUUAGUAAAUGCUAGCAGUACUUUUAACCGAGCAAUUCAUAGGAUGUUCGGACAACGAAAAGACACAGUGUCCUAUAUUGACGACAUAUGUGUGUUUCAUAAUACAUGGGAAGAUCAUAUUAAAAGACUCAAAGAAAUCUUCCAACAAUUGAAAGACAAUGGAUUUACUGUAAAACCAAGCAAAGUUGAAUUAGCAAAAUCAGAAGUUACAUUUUUAGGUUAUAAAGUUGGAAACAAUUCACUGAAAACACGGGAUGAUAUUAUUAAACGAAUUUUGGACAUUAAAAUACCUCAAACAAAAAAGCAAGUUAGAAGUAUAUUAGGACUUUGUAAUUUUUACAGAUGCUUUAUUCCAAAUUACGCAUCACUGACAACAUUUCUUACUAACCUUACGAAGAAAGGACAAUCUAACAUGAUUCCAUGGUCAUCAGAAUUAGAAGAGACCAUAAAGAAAAUUAAGUAUGCUUUUGCACAAGAAUCCAUUUUGAAAUUACCAGACAAGAAGAAGCGGUUUUAUCUUGCUACAGAUGCUUCUUCAUCAGCAAUAGGAGCAUGUCUGAUGCAAGAAUAUGAAGGCAUUCUACAUCCAGUAUUUUUUAUAAACAGAAAACUAUCUUCAGCAGAGACCAGAUACUCGACCAUAGAGCGAGAGUGCCUGGCGAUUGUCUGGGCCAUUUCAAAAUUUAGCAAAUACCUGUUGGGAGCACCCUUUACUUUACAGACAGAUCAUGCACCACUGGCAUUUCUUAACUCUAAAAAAAUGUCAAAUAGUCAUCUGACACGAUGGAGUUUGCAGUUAAUGGACUAUCAGUUUGAUGUAAAGACUGUUCCAGGAAAAUUGAAUGUAUUUGCUGAUACUUUGUCCAGAUGUAUUUAG